AUGUGGCUGCACGGCGUGACACGGCGUGACACCAUUAUCAGCCCUGACUUGGUCAUGGGUGCAGAGGUGGCUUCUUGGGACACAGGGAUCACGGGCAUGUGGACCUCGAGCAUGGAUGUCUUCCUAAGUCUUUGGAGGAUGUACGUGUUUCCGAGAGGUCCUGGAUGGGUGGACUUUCUCCAGCACUUGGGAGUGUGCUGUUUUGUGGCCUUCAUUUCAGCGAGCCUCCUCUCUGUGGCCUUCUACUGGUUUCUGCCAUCAGUGGUGGCCUUCGCCACCUCCUGGAUGGUCAUGUGUGUUCUCUUGGGCUGCUCCAGGCACGCGCGCUGUUUCAUUCUUCUGGUCUUUCUCUCGUGUGGCCUGCGCGAAGGCAGGAACGCUCUGAUUGCAGCUGGCACGGGCAUAGUGAUCUUUGGCCACGUGGAAAAUAUUUUUCACAACUUUAAAUGUUUCCUGGACAGUAUGACUUGCAACCUCAGGGCAAAGAGCUUUUCCGUACAUUUUCCACUUCUGAAAAAAUACAUUGAAGCCAUUCAGUGGAUUUAUGGCCUUGCCACUCCACUGAAUGUAUUUGAUGACCUCGUUUCGUGGAAUCAGACCCUGGUGGUCUCUCUUUUCAGUCCCAGACAUGUCCUGGAGGCACAGCUAAACAACACCAAAGGAGAAGUCCUGAGUGUCUUACACCCUGUGACCACCAUGAUGGAGGUGUUUUCCUCCCUAGGGCAGAAGCUGCUCGCCUUCGCUGGGCUUUUUCUUGUUCUUCUCAGCACUGGCCUCUUUAUGAAACGAUUUUUGGGCCCCUGGGGUUGUAAGUUUGAAAACAUCUACAUCACCAGACAAUUUGUUCAGUUUGAUGAAAAGGAGAGGCAUCAACAGAGGCCCUGUGUCCUCCCACUGAAUAAGAGGGAGAGGAAGAAGUAUGUGGUCAUCCCAUCUUUCCGGCUGACUCCUAAAGAGAGGAAAAACCUGGGGCUGUUUUUCCUCCCCAUACUUACCCAUCUCUCCAUCUGGGUGCUGUUCACAGCUGCAGAUUAUCUGCUGUAUCGGCUCAUUUUCUCCGUGAGCAAACAAUUCCAAAGCUUGACGAGACUUGAAGUUCACUUGAAACUGCACAAAGAGAAACAAGGAACUCGAGACCUCAUCCAUGAUUCUUCCUUUAAUAUAUCUGUUUUUGAACCCAGCUGCAUCCCUAAACCUAAGCUCCUUCUGUCUAGGACUUGGGUUCCUCUCAGUAUUAUUCUGGUGAUAUUAAUGAUGCUGGGACUGUUGUCCUCCAUUCUGAUGCAACUUAAGAUCCUGGUGUCCACAUCCUUCUACCCCAACGUGGAGAGGGAGCGCAUUCAGUACCUACAUGCAAAGCUACUUAGAAAAAGAUMAAAGCAGCCACCAGAAGAGUUCAAAAGGAAACUGAGUCUGUACUUUAAAAAGGUUCAUUUCUGGCUUCCAGUCCUGAAAAUGAUUAGGAAGAAACACACAGACAUUGAGGCCGAAGACAAUCCACAGGAGUCUGAAUAG